AUGGUUGACCACGCUGACGAUUUGAUUGACUACGACGAAGAAGACGAGACUAUACCCACUGAAGUUGCGACUGCCGAACAACCUCCUACUAACGGUCAAGACGCUACCGAAGAAGACAAAAAAGAUAAAAAGGGUAGUUAUGUCGGCAUUCACUCUACCGGCUUUAGAGAUUUCCUAUUGAAACCCGAAUUACUGCGUGCCAUAGUUGAUUGUGGGUUCGAACAUCCUUCUGAAGUUCAACAAGAAUGUAUUCCUCAAUCAAUCCUUGGUAUGGAUGUCCUUUGUCAAGCAAAAUCUGGAAUGGGAAAGACCGCAGUUUUCGUCCUCGCCACUCUUCAACAAGUGGAACCUGCUCCUGGUGAAGUAUCUGUUAUUGUACUAUGCCAUACUCGUGAAUUGGCCUACCAAAUUAGAAAUGAAUAUACUCGAUUUAGCAAGUAUAUGCCUGAAAUCAAAAUUGAUGUCUUCUUCGGAGGUACUGUGGUCAAAGAUGAUAUGAAGAAGUUUUCAAACAAAGAAACUACUCCUCAUAUUGUCGUCGGUACACCUGGAAGGAUUUUAGCGUUAGUAAAUGAUGGACAUCUCAGAGUGGGGAGUGUCAAGCACUUUGUGCUUGAUGAAUGUGACAAAAUGCUUGAUCAACUCG